AUGCCGGGGCAAGGUGAUCGAGACGCAAAGUCCAAAUUAGAAAAGCCGCGUCUUACUAUUCGCGAGCUUCGGGAGGCUGCCCAAAAAGAAUCUCUAGCAAGCCAAGUAGUUAAGGCGGCCCAGAAUUCGCACCAGACACAACGCAAAUCGAACGCCGCACCCCAAAAGAAGAAACCCUCUAUAUUCGGCGGGUUGUUUCAAGUCCGGGAGCCAACUCAAAUUGCCUUGGAUCAGGUCGCUGCCCAGAUGAUUGCUCAGCACGGGUCAACAAGCGCUACCAAAGUUCCUAAUGUGAGGUUGGAGAAGAUGCCACAUUUUGUGCCUAAAGUCAAUUCAAAAUGGGAUGGAAUCCCAGAGAGCGCGAAGCAAAGAGAAAGGAAAGAAAAGGAAAAAGAAAAGGACCGAGCCAAGAAAGAAUCCUUUUUCUUCUCAGAAUCUAAGGCUCGCAGCGACGAUGGGAAAGAUAAACGACGCACGAAUGUGGGGAGCCGAAAUUCGAGUUCAACAACCGGCUCUUCCUUUGGUCCUCAUGGCAACUCAAGUUGCUCGCAGAGCGCUUCCUCUCGUGCGCGGUUUUUUGCCCAGUCGGUCUGCUCAUCCGGCGAUCUGGCAUCGCAGCAAAGAAUGGAUGCCUCGACUAUUCCCCCGUCACUAACACCACCUUCCGCAAUUAGUCUGAUCGAAAGCCCCUCAGCAACGCUCUCUUAUCCGCGCCGUGGAUCUAGCUCGGCUGGUACAAGAUCACAAUAUCCACAUUGCAAAGAUGUGGCACUGGAGCCUCGCAGCCCCAUAGCCAUGGGCCAAUUGCCUUCCACUCAUGUGAAAUCUGCAGGAUCAGCUGCCAAAGAAGACGAAACUCCUAAGUCUCCCAUUACGAAUCGAUAUCGCAUUGAAGGAGGAGAAUCCUCUAAGUCACCUGCCGGCGCUGCUAUCGGAGCUGAGUCUCGCUACAUUGAUACUCGGAUGGAGUCUGCGCGGUCCCAAUCUUUGCCCGUCGUCAAAGCUUCUCCGCUGUACCCUAUCUCAGCCUCCGGAACUUCUCAAGGCGCCUGCCCGCCCAUUGCAUUGCACCUCGAACCGCUUUCACCAUCGCGACAAGGCGCGAACGAGUUUACUAGUCUGACAGCGGCUUUGGUGUCCUCUGGACCUGGUGUACUGAGUUCGCCGACUGUCGCGAAGAAAAAAUCAGGAACAAAAUUCAACAACGCCUUUCUGGCGGGAGAGGCUCAAGAGCUGGUGUUACCCGAUGACAUCGGUGGUCAUGGCAGUGCAGAUCCAGCAGUCCAAAACUGGGAGUCAGGUCGAUCGCGGAUCCAACAAGACCUGGAGAAGCGACCCGACAGCUCUCGCGAUCGGCUGGGAUUGAGGGCAAGUAUGCUUUUCAGUGACGAUGUGACACCUUGGGAAGUGCAAGACGUUAAUCAACCGCCGCCAUCGAGUCCCAAGUUCGCUAACCAUGCUGCAAACACAAAGGCCAAGUUUCAUAGGCCUUUCGGCAGGAUUGGUAAAGAGAAGGAGAAAUGGAAGGCAACGCUAUAA